AUGCCCAGUGACCCCUCUCACCAACCAUUGACGACAUUGCACGAACCAACAAACGCAGAGAACCCUUCGCAACACACGCAACCCUCAUCGUCACGCUCAACUCUCGACGCGAGGCGAGCACAGCACCAGCAGACACUCUUAGCAAAAAGGCGUCAAGCAGACCCCGACCUCCCUAAGCCACCUCCCCUCGACGUAGGCUCAGGACCCACGUCUGGUGGACCGUCCGGCGCCAAAGUCGCCUCUGCAGCCCUCGCAGCUGCUCCUUCUUCACCACCUACUGCCUUUCGCCGGCCGAUACCCACCUAUCCGCGCUGGGCAGAUCAGAGAGAUACCCCGAGGGUCGCACGGACAGUUCACGACCUCGCCCUCUUCCUCUCGUCACUACCUCUUCCUCUCCACCGCUACACACCCCGCCUCCUUGCGAGAACUAUCGCAAGACUGCUCGCGAGACAAAGACUGAUGCCGACCAACAUCGCCUUCGAUCUGGCCCUCCUGUUCUGGCGCUUGAUCAUCAAUGUCUUCUUCCGAAGCAUCCAGCCGCGAGGAGCGUGGAGGAUCCCUCAAGAGGGGCCCAUCAUCUUCAUCGGAGCUCCGCAUCACAAUCAAUUCCUUGACCCACUGCUACUUGCCUCAGAAGUAAGGCGAGGCUCAGGCCGAAGAGUCGCCUUUCUCAUCGCCGAAAAGAGUAUCCGCCGUCGCUUCAUCGGCAGCGCAGCCAAGAUCCUUCAAUCCAUUCCCGUCACCCGAGCAGCCGAUGGAGCCAAGACGGGUAAAGGCGUCGUCUCUCACCAUCCUUCGGGCGAUCCCCUCCUCGUCCAAGGCCACGGCACCAACUUCAAGAAGCAGCUUGUACCCAAGGGUCAGAUUGUCCUCCCCAAAUGGACCGGCUACGCCUCGGCGGAGGUCGUGGAGAUCAUCUCUGACACUGAAGUUCGCAUUAAGAAGGAAUGGAAGGACGAACGCGCAAAAGGUGCCCUCAGCGGUAAGAAGGCGCCGCCCAGCAAGAAGGCGAAAGAUGCCAGUCCGCAGCCCGAGGAAGACGAGAAGGAGGGCGAAGGUGUAGGCUCAGAGUACCAAUGCCUGCCUUACGUCGACCAGACAGAGAUGUAUGCCAGCGUCUACGAAAAGUUGGCACAGGGCGGCUGCCUGGGUAUCUUUCCUGAAGGCGGCUCCCACGAUCGCACCGAUCUGCUUCCGCUGAAAGCCGGAGUUGUCAUCAUGGCUCUGGGUGCCAUGUCCGCCAACCCUGGACUCAAGGUCCGUCUCGUCCCCGUUGGGCUGUCCUACUUCCACCCCGACAAGUUCCGUUCUCGCGCCGUAGUCGAAUUUGGAGCACCUCUUGAAGUGUCUGACGAGCUCGUCAAGCUGUUUGAGGCUGGUGGAGAGGGCAAGCGCAAGGCCGUGGGCGACAUGAUGGAUCUCGUCUUCGACGGCCUCAAGUCGGUCACUGUCCGCGCGCCUGACUACGAGACGCUGAUGCUCAUCCAAGCAGCACGUCGCCUGUAUACCCCUCCUGGCCAGCACCUCACACUCCCUCAAGUUGUCGAGCUCAAUCGUCGAUUCAUCAUCGGCUACCUCAAGUUCAAGGAUGACGAGCGCAUCCAGAAGCUCAAAUCCGACGUACUUCGAUACAACAAGAUGCUCAUCUACGCCGGCCUCAAGGACCACCAAGUAGAGCGAGCCACCCGAGCAGGAUGGCGCUCCCUCGGCCUCCUUUUCUACCGACUUGGUCUACUGGGCAUGUGGGGAUCCAUGGCCCUGCCCGGCGUCAUCCUCAACUCGCCCAUCAUCGUCCUUGCCAAGAUCAUUUCCCGCAUCAAGGCCCGUGAAGCCCUGGCUGCGAGCCAAGUCAAGCUCAAAGGGCGCGAUGUCGUUGGGACCUGGAAGGUGCUCGUAUCAAUGGGCGUAGCUCCCAUCCUCUACCUCACCUACGCCACUGCUGCUACGGUCCUUGCCCGCAAGAUGCGCCCUGAUAUUUCGACGAAGCAGCUCGCCUUGACUCCGCUCUAUACCAUGAUGAUCAUCCCGGCCAUGUCAUACUCGACGCUGAAGAUCAGCGAGACGGCACUGGACAUCAUCAAGAGUCUCCCGCCUCUCUUCGUCAGCCUGCUCCCCGGCAACCAGAAGGUCAUCAAUGACCUGCAGGAGAUGCGUCGACGCCUCCAAGAGGAGAUGCAGGCCUUGAUCGACGAGCUUGCCCCUCAGGUUUGGGAGAACUUUGAGUCCAUGCAGUGGCGCGUUGUUGGGCCUGGGUCGAUGGCUACCCCUCCGCCUUCGACGCCGAGUGCAAGCCAGGAGAGGGAGGAGGGAUUCAUGUGGAAGGCCAAGGAUGCUCGAGCGAGGGGAACAGCAAGUCAGGCUCUGUCCCAUCCGCUGGCAUGGGCGGAUGAGCGCCUCUUUGGGUGGAGGAGUUCGCGCUCUGUCCGUGUAGACGGGCAGCGACGGCGUCUUAGCUCCACGGAGCGUCCCCUUUCUGCGGCCGAAUUCAGUGGCGAACAUCCCACGGUCGAGAAGCAGGAGCACCGAGAGGCAGCGGCAGCUUUGGGCGAGGUCGAAGAAGAGGAAGAACAGGAGGAAAGCGAAGGGAGCAGCGACUGGGACUCAGCAGCUAGCACAUAUGAGGAGGAAAACGAUGAGGGAGACUAUGAGGCCAUUUUCUCUUUCCUCAACCCUGCUCGUCUGCUUGGGGCGUCUCGAGGAGGAGCUGCCCUUUCUCCGCGCUCGCCAAAGCCCCGCAGCCGUACACAUUCACGCUCGAGAUCGGGAUCGAUGGGUUUCUCGCCCACCACGCCGCUUGAUGGUGGGUCGAGCCGCGAGUAUUUCGGGGGACGAAGGAGUCGCACGCACAGCCGCGUCUCGAGCCAGGACGUGGCCAAGAUGGGCAUGACGUCAACAAAUGAGGGUGGGUCGUCCAGCGCCGUACCGGACACCGCCACCUCAUCCGCAUCGCGACGUCGUCGCACUCACUCCCUGACGGAGUCCGUCCACCAGCAAGAGCUAGCCGCAGCGUCCAAGUCAGCUUCACAGCAACGCGUGCCUUUCAAUGCGGCUGCCGAGGCGCUUGAGGCACAGAAAGCUGAUCAUGAGGGCCGGGGUGAGGUCGAGGGGGAAAGUGGAAGCAAGGGAAAGGCAGAGAGCGGUGACGCUCCAGGAUCGAAGCCGACUAUUGAGAAGAUGCAGAAGGCUGCAAGGACUCCGGGUGGGAGUCAAGAGACGAGUGAUGAUGGGUCGCACUAG